GUCCUCACAAGCAUCGUGGUGUUGGAGAGCAGCAGGCCGGGGAAGCAGGAGCGACUACGUGGGAAUCUUUAUCUGCGAUGGCGGAAUCUCAGCUGAUGUGCAUGGACGAUGAGCACGUCAACGAGAAGAUCCAAGAGUCUAGACCGGAGUUUUACUACAGUGAGGAGCAGCGUGCGGCUCUGGAGCAGCUGCUGAAGAACGGGGAUGGCGCCUUCAAGAUGCGGCUCAAAGCGGACAACACCAAGGACUUCCUCUCCGCCAGGGAGGUUAAAUGCAUCCGGAAGACCUUUCAGGAAUACGACACGGACAGUGAGUCUGAGUCCGGAGAGCAUGAGAAGGGCAAGGAGUCCUCCAGCGCCGACUCCGGGGUCCACUCCACGUAUUGGCCCCAGAUGUCCGACACUAAGGUUCCGUCUCUGGACAUCGGCUGGCCCGGCAGCAGCGGCCUGUACAAGGGGGUGACCCGGGUAUCCGUGUACACCCAUCCCCCCAAAGAGCCCGGGCCGCACAUCAAGGAGGUGGUGAGGAGACUGAUACAGGAAUCACACAAGGUGGUGGCCAUAGUCAUGGACCUCCUGACAGACCUGCAGAUCCUCCAGGACCUUCUGGAUGCAUCGUCACGGCGCGGGGUGGCCAUCUACGCUGUACUGGAGGCCAGUGGAGUGUCCCACUUCCUGGAUAUGUGCAAUCGACUGCAGAUAAAUGCAGUCCAUUUGCGGAAUCUCCGUGUGCGGAUGGUGAGAGGUGCGGGGCUGGCCUUGUCGUUUGGAAAACUGCCAGGCUCCUUAAGCUCCAAAUACAUGCUGGUAGAUGGAGAGAAAGUCAUGUUUGGGUCCUACAGUUUCACCUGGAGUUCGUCUCGGUUGGACAGGAAUACGAUCACGGUGAUGUCAGGACAGGUCGUGGACUUCUUUGACAACGACUUCAGGGAGCUGUAUGCCGUGUCUGAACAAGUGGACCUGUACAAGGAGUUCAGCAUCACCAAGCCGCCUGUUGCACCCAUAAUCAAGCCAAAGGUGGAGCAAAGCAGGCCUCUGUCCAUCGCCACAUCUCGCUUUCAAGCAUCGGUCGGGGACUCCAAACAGACUGAUCUGAAAGUGCCUGCACAUAAAUACCACAAUCCCAAGUACUCUCUGGUUUUUGGGAACAGUAUUGGCCUGACACGUUCCCUGCAAGACCUUUCCACUCCAAGCGACUCGCUGACUAGUGGACUGAGCCAGAGGAAUGUCCUGCAGAAUAGCUUCCUUCGUGAAAGUAUGAACAGCAGGGAAAUGGCGGCACCAGCUUCCCCCCAGAGUUACAGUUCACCUGCAGAGGAGGAGGAUGACAAAGGAACAAGAAGCUUGAAGAAGCCUCCAGGUUCAAAGAAACAACGCAGCUCCUUGAGGUACUUCUUAAAAGGCAGAGGAGCCAAUCAGAGCACAGAGAUGAUACAGGAAGGUGUGCGGAGUCCCCAGAGCCCCUCCCCCACAUGUAAAGUAUCAGAGACAAACGGUAUGGCUGGAAAUGAGCUGGAGGACUCAUUUGAGAUCUUGGAGAAACCAGGGCCAUUGAAAUCCAAAGCCAAGAAGUCCUUUAAGCUCAGUCAGAGAAGUAUGUCCAUGCAGGCCAUCAACGCAGGAGACGAAGAUGAAUUCAAAAGCCGCCGGCGGCAUUACAAUAAAAAGAAUUGCAUCCAGUCAUGAGAUGAAAAACAAGAGGGCAUUGGGGUUAUAAAGAGCACCUGGAGGAUCUGAUGGUUAAACAUUACACACCAGCUGAGUCCCAGUAUCACCUUAUGUCGCCAUGUGAUGUGUUACAUGUAAUGAGUGCAGGCAAUGUCUCUGGCCCAGUGUACCAAGUCCUUUGCUUUGCCUUAUGAGAAACACCACUAACAAGAUGUUGUUGUUUAACUAAUCAUGUGAGGGAAAGGUCCUACACAAAUUCUCUUAACUUUGUAGCCAAAGUGCUACUGGAGGGAUAUUUCAUUGCCAUUGUUUUUUUUUCUGUCUUUUGUAUUAAAUUAUUCUACAGUGUUGUUUUUAAUACGUUACUUUUUACUUUUUACAACUGGUGGUGUGGAUUAUGACAUGCCUGCGGUUGCUAUGGAGACAGCAAAAGUGAUGAGCUGUGUUGUCCCUGAGUGUUGUCUCACCGAGGACCCUGAUCAGAGCGUGUCGUACAGGCUGUGAAUAACACACGCUGCGUUGAGAGGCCGCGUGUCGACAGCCCUGCUUUUUCAAACUCUGUUGUUUCUAAGCCUGUUUCUGCACGCCUUAUGAAGACCUUCAUGUUUGCACUUCUGGACUUGGUUUUUUAUCCAGGUGAAACUGGCAAGGAUUAAAAAUGUGAAUCUUU